GUUUCGUUAUUUGAAAAAUGUCACGGGACUUCGUGUUGUCGGUGACGUCACUUCCUGAAUGACGCGAGAUUCAAAAAAUGCUUCACAAUGGCAACACUGAGUCGAGCUGUGUUUCGAAUACAGUUCUAUGUUUCACCAACGCUGAUCAGACAUGGAAGAGACGCUUCCUGGUAUUAAGAUAAAAAAGCGUCUCUCAUUUUCGUCAAAUACGGAUAACAGUGAGCAUCAAGAUCUUAGUUUGGCAUGUCAAUUUCGCAAGUUAAGCGCUUCGGACUCAUGCCGACCUCCGCCCGAAGUUAGCGGACACAGCUUGGUUCAAACUACAGGUACAUGUCCAAAAGACAGCAUCGUCCUAGACGUACCCGAACAUUCCAGCGCAGAACAGUAUCGUGUAAGUCGUAGUGAAGACAAAGAAAAUAUUCCAGCUCCGACCACCAGUCCCGGUAAUAUCCAGGGAAAGAAUAUUCCAGAUAACAAAAUGCUGCAAAAUUCCACCGUGGCUAUACAUGAAAGUCAAGGUAGCAAAGAAGAAAUUAAUACUGACAUGGCGAGCAGAAAUCAGGAGGGAUGCAGUGUGAAUGUGGUUUUCCAUGGCACUGUGCAUCUAGAAAGCUGCUGCCGUUUUGUCAGCGAGAUCCUCAAGUGCGUCCUCUAUCAGAGGCAGCAGCUACCAAUGACAUACGACCAGUUGGUGUACGCUGAGAAACAAUGGCAAGCUUCAGUGCAGGAUAAAGAGGCAGUGAGCUGGAGGCCGGUGCACUCUACAGACAUGGACUGGCGUAAGCAUCAGCGGACCCUUCAGGAAAUCGAUGAGGUUCUGAAGCGGCUGGAGGAGCUGUUUUGCCUCAGCAGGGUGCCCUGUGUUCUCUUACUCCUGGGCGGCUCUGUCAUUCUCCCCAAGGAGAUGUAUGAGAUUAACAUGGAGUCACUGGCGCUGGCAUGUGGAGAUGACUGUUUGUCGGAGUCAUCAUGCUUAAGGCAGCUCUUCCACACACUGUUUGUGGCUGACGUUUUGUCCGAUGCGAAAUCUGUUCGUUUAAUGCCAACCACAGUCUUGGCUCUGGCUCACAGGGACUGUGGUGUCAGUUGGUUCCUGCCUAAACUGCACUUCAAAAAGCCAAAACGUGUGAAGAACCAAGUUAUUGCCCUGUCUACUGAUCCUGGCUGCUGUAAAGAACAAAAGCCAGAAGUGUCAGACUGGAUGGAUUAUGUGUGGUUUCAGGCACCUGUGACUAUUAAGGGCUUCACUGCCUGACCACAAAUGUUAUGGAAUAGAAACUGAUAUUCUCCCCAUACAGACUGUGUGCAUUUUAAUGAAAGUUCAUACUCUGCUUGAACUGCACCUAUUUUAAUUGUUUUGCUUGUGAUUACAUGCGUGACCAAUAAACAGUAUUUGGUUCACUGGCA